UAAUCUAGAUAUUAUAGUGUAUGAACGUUCAUUAAUUUAAACAUAUAUUGUAGAUUGUAGAUUUGUGGUGUAAACGCAAUUGACGAAGCCGGCGGUCAGAUCACAGGUGUUUCAGCUGCGUUGCCGUUGAAAUUUUGCUGGAGGGCCGGUAUUGGUUGACUUCAUCAGAUUCUGAGGCUUUUUUUUUUUCACUCCGAUUCAAGUUGGCCUCUUUAUCAAGUAAUUUAGCUCAAUCAAGACUAGGUUUGUGAAUUACUGGUGUUAGAACAGACAAUGGCAGCUUCGGGUGACGCAUGGGUAAGGGAAUAUAAUGAAGCAAUUAGACUUGCUGACGAUAUCACUAACAUGAUAUCUGAAAGAAGUUCACUGCCACCUUCUGGGCCAGAAGCACAGCGGCAUGCAUCGACGACGCGGAGGAAAAUUACCAUAUUGGGAACCAGAUUGGAUAGCCUGCAGUCUCUUCUACAAAAGCUUCAUGGAAAGCAAUCUCUGACAGAGAAGGAAAUGAAUCGUCGCCGCGACAUGGUAAAUAAUCUGAGAUCAAAAGUAACUCAGAUGGCUUCCACAUUGAGCAUGUCAAACUUUGCUAAUAGAGACAGCUUACUUGGCCCGGAGAUAAAGCCUGCUGAUGCGAUGAGCAGAAUUAGUGGCCUUGACAACCAAGGGGUUGUUGGUCUUCAAAGACAAGUCAUGAGAGAGCAAGAUGAGGGUCUUGAAAAAUUGGAGGAGACAGUCAUAAGCACCAAACACAUUGCACUUGCAGUGAAUGAAGAACUUGAUCUGCAUACAAGACUGAUUGAUGAUCUUGACCAGCAUGUUGAGGUUACAGACUCCAGACUACAGCGAGUACAAAAGAGACUCGCAAUAUUGAACAAGCGGACUAAGGGUGGCUGCUCCUGCAUGUGUCUGUUUCUAUCAGUUAUAGGGAUUGUCAUUUUGGUUGCUGUUAUAUAUAUGCUAGUCAAAUAUUUGUAAAUUCGAUCAAAUAUAGUUUCUCUAUUUGCGCGUUUGUGUUUUCAAAGACGGCUAUGAUUUGUUGGUUAAUGUUAUGCUGUGUGGAAAGCUUUGUAUGUAUGUUUCAACUGAGACGAAUACGGUUCUUGUAUUGCUGAUUAAGUGUAUGGUUCCCAAAUUUUGAGGCUUUGCACUGUAACUGUAAAACCUGUAUUUGCAGCUUAUGAACUCUUGUUGAUUUUGGAGUA